UAUAUCUGACCUACCCUACACCUCUAUCCUUGUAAACCUUUCUAGCAGAUGGAGGGCAACGCGAUGGCCACUGAUGGAAGAAAGAUUGUUGUCGCCAUGGACGGCAGUGAAUAUGCUAAUUUUGCCUUUAAGUGGUAUAUGAAGCAUAUUUACCGUCAUGGCGACCACGUGGUUCUAAUAUACUGUCCGGAAUACCAUGCAGUCCAUGCACGUUUUGUAGAAGUGGAUAUUACCCUUGUAGCGGAACAGAUUGAGGAGGAACAGAAGAAAACCAGAGAGUUUCUAGAACAUCUUGCAGAGAAGCUCAAAGAGUACGGGAUUGGGGGAAAGGUGAAGAGCGAGUCUGGAAAUCCAGGGGAGGUAAUCGUGAGAGUGGCCGAAGAGGAGGAUGCCGACCUGAUUGUGACUGGGUCGCGCGGUCUGGGAAUUGUGAGACGGACGUUCCUGGGUAGCGUCAGUGACUACGUGCUUCACCACUCUCACGUGCCGGUGAUUAUAACCCGACACAGCUCCUGAUACAUCCACCGACUGACCUUACAAAUACGUAUUAAUAAUUUAAUUAAAACAGGACAUCGACUAAUCAGACAUUUUGAAUUUAAAUUCUAUAUCAGUAUUAAAAUAUCCUAAAUUAACGAAAGUGUUGUAAACUGCCUCACUUACCCUAGAUGCCCUUUAGUUACGGCCCUUGACAAUUAUAGAAUCUAAAUCCAGUUUAUUUAUUGUUUACAUGUCAGUAAGCUAUCAAAAGUGAUCACUUCUGAAGUUCAUGUGACUGAAGAAGAAAAAAAGCACUAAUGUGGGACAUCACUGAAUAAAACGAAAUACGAAUCCUGA